AUGUCUAUCUUAACCUUUCAUUUUUCUUUCUUUCUUUCUUUUUUUCUUUCUUUCUUUCUACCUUUCUUCCUACCUUUCUUCCUACCUUUCUUCCUACCUUUCUUUCUUUCUAUUUAUUCUGUCUUACUAUCUUUUUUAUCUAUCUAUCUAUCUAUCUAUCUAUCUAUCUAUCUAUCUAUCUGUUCAUUCGAAAGUCCGACAUCUUUAUUUCUUUCUUUCAUUACCUCCCCCCCGCAUCUGUCUUCUUUUUCCAUAGGUCUUUCCACUUCAUGCCAUAUUGACUACUUUGUGGAAAACACUGGAUUUACAUUCUUCGGAAAGCAUCCAAUCAUUUCGAGAAGGAAGAAUUUGAGGGACUGCUGCAUCUUCCUUUCUCUUUACUUAACUGCCUUUCUCUCUCUCUCUCCUGUAAACAGACACUCUUUCUCUUUCACUCUUUUCCCUGUCUCUGACACGUUCAAUCACACAGCCUCUCUCUUUCACUUUCUGACUUUCAAGUAUAUACACUUUCUCUGUCACUCUCUACUCAUCUCUGUCUCUUCGAAGCAAAAUCCCUUUCUCUUUCGCUUUCCUUGUCGCUGUCUUUCGAACACACCUCCUUUCAUUUGCGCUCACACACUCUCAUUAAUAUGCAGAGGUAGCUGUACUCUCUCGCCCACUGAAUCAAAUAUUCUUGUUCACGGUCGACAGAUUUGCAUCAUGUAG